AUGGUGGCAUCGUGGCUUGUCCUUGGGCUCGCUUUGCCAGCAGCAGCGCAGGUGAAUCGAUCUUCUCAUUUUCUGAGCAAGCAAAGUGUGGAUGUGAGCUCCAGUGGCGUACGCUGUGGUGGACUCGAUUUGCCGGAAAAUGCGGGGUGCAAGCAAGUCGUGGAGUGGGCCGCCGGUGGGGGCAAGUGGGACAGCUCAGCAGGGGGCUGGUACAAAGGCAUGCCGACGAUCACCGGCGUGAGCCACGAGCAGGGCAACUUGCAGGAUUUCCAGCGGCUCUACUACUGCUCACCACCGGGGGACUCCUUCUGUGGGCUGCCGCCGUGCACAGGUUGCAGCAAUCCACCUUGCAGCGACUGCUUCGCAGGCAACCAGCUCUACGCCAGCCAUCGCCCUGGAUGCGAUGGGAAUGACAAGGGUGUUGGAUGCGUUCCCCCGAAGAGUGCCUUGGGCUACAAGGGUCAGCAUUGGCCCACCACGGUUAUCCAUGGCACUCAAGAUAUGCACAUCUUUGCCAUCGGUGACUGGGGAGGUAUGGACGGUUCGCUGGACCCACCAGAGGGCCGCAAGACCAUCGUCGCUUACGACUGGGGACGCCGCCCUGGGCCCAGCGUCUUUCCCAGGAGUCGCUGGAACAAGAAGCACACUGUGCAGUUCUGCGACCACAAGCAGCUUGUGGAGUGCUUUAACACCCGGGGACAGGCGCCAUGCGCACCAGAGUGUGGCUACGUGGCAGGCGUAGACGACCAGCCGCAGCUGCUGGUGGCCAACGCCUUUAAAGCCCGUGCUGCCCUCGUUGACCCCCAAUAUAUCCUCAAUGUUGGGGAUAACUUCUACUGGGGCGGUAUCGAGAAGACAUGUGGCAGUCCGAUGGAUCAGAUCUCGUAUCCGACGAAGCACCAGUUCGAUCAGAUCUUCGAAGGCGUGUAUCAAGGGGCGGGCCUCACCAACAAGCCCUGGUUCAGUGUUUUGGGCAACCAUGACUGGGGAGGCUUCAAGUUCGACAACGGCUGGGAUCAGCAGAUCUCCUACACCUGGGCUAGCAACCGAUGGGUCAUGCCCGCUCCCUACUACAAGACAUCCGUUGUCUACGCGGACCAGGACUUCGAUGUGGAUUACUUCUUCCUUGACUCCAACUUCAUCGACGCCAUGCCGCCUGAGGAGGACCCCAACCACAACAUGUGCAGCCGAAAGAACAAUAAGCCCUCUGCCUCGUGUGCUGCGGCGGACGGCCCCGAAUCAGUGGACGCCUGCCCCGGCUGGUUCGCUUCGCUUUGGGCGGAGCAGAAGCCAUGGGUCACGCAGCUCAUGGGACAGAGUAAGGCCAACUGGCAGAUUGUGGUUACCCACUUCCCCUGCGGACAUGAGCAGGACUUCUACAAGUCCUUGCGUGAUUUGGGGAUGGACCUGCUUGUUACGGGACACCGGCAUGAUCAGGAGCUGUGGCUCCCGGAUGACUAUGCCAAGAAUCACAUGGGCGUAACAUGUAUCGUGACCGGCGGCGGUGGUGGCAUCACGUCCGAGGCCACACCAAAUCCGGAAGAGACGGAGGAUUGGUACGGCGAGGGGCAGUAUGGCUUCUAUGACCUCACCAUCAGCAAGUCGGAGAUUUUGAUCGAAUCCAUUAAUUAUGAUGGCGAUGUGCUGUUGACACACACCGUGCACCCAUCGCGCUGA